UUCAGAAAUUGCAAUCUCGUCUGUCAUCUCUUAAGUAGAACGUUUCUCCAACGUUGCCUUCCCUUUCCUCAACUACCCCAAGCGAUUUUCCCUUGACCUCGGAGUCUGGCCAGCUACUAUCUGAUUACUGCCCCGACGAUGGACCACUCCGACUUCCACGUCCCUUUCCAUUGUCGUCAGCUGGCCCCAUCCGAUGUUUCCGGUUGGGAUUAUAGUACCGUACCCGAGCUCGUUAUCCUGCCCGAAGGUAUGCCCCAAGAGGACGCCCAAGCACUUACCGAACAUCUUCGGAUGAUUCACAAUGCCGCUGCAUCCAUAUCGUCUUCCUCCUCACCGGGCGAGAUUGAGCAAUACGAACGGCGCCUCCGUCAGCUUGCGCUCGACUGGGAAAACUACUAUCUGCCAAAGUACCCUGGCCCGUUUUUCCGCGUUCGCGUCGCAGACGUGCGCGCUGCUGGUGGAUCGUGGAAUACUGCUUUGAUGUUGUACAACGAGGUUCUAGGUUCUCUCAAUAGCCCUGAGAGUGCUUCGUUUGCCGAAUUCGUAUCUACGGUGCGCACCCGUGCUCAGGACGACGCAGAACUACAAGCCCUGAAGAAUAGGCACCUUAUGUACUUCCAGCCCUGGAAGCCCGCCAGACAGCACGCCAAUCCUUUCUCGUGGCCGAUGCUACCAGCUGCUGCACCGGAUAUGUUGGCGGCUUGGCGCACGUCGACGACUCAGAGACAGUAUCUGAACUACAACUGGAAGCGUUAACGAAGUACGGUUUCCAGUCGUCUCGUGUGGAGUUCACGCAAGACAGUGAGCUGAGGGAUCCAGAUGUUGU